GCUGUGAGGCUGCAGAGAAAGAGAGAGAGAGAGAGGCGCGCGCACGCUCGCUCCAGCAAACAAAGAGACCCGUCAACAUCAUCCACGGUGCACCAGCAGAUCCCGCUCCAGCAAGGCCACGAGCUGCAACCAUGACUGCAAACGGAACCAGCGACAUGCUCAAAAUCCAAUUCGGAUUGAUCAACUGCGGGAACAAGUACCUCACGGCCGAGACCUUCGGCUUCAAGAUCAAUGCAUCAGCCACCAGCAUGAAGAAGAAGCAGAUUUGGACCCUGGAGCAAGACGGAGAUGAUUCAAACAUGUUCUUCCUGAAGAGCCACCUGGGACGGUACAUCGCAGCCGACAAAGACGGCAACGUGACGGGUGACAGCGAGACCCCGGGCGAGGACUGUCGCUUCAUAAUCACCGCACAUGAUGAUGGGCGCUGGUCACUGCAGUCCGAGCCGCACAAGCGCUACCUGGGCGGCACCGAGGACAGGAUAACCUGCUUCGCCCAGACCAUCUCCAUCGCGGAGAAAUGGAGCGUGCACAUCGCCAUGCACCCACAGGUCAACAUCUUCAGCGUGACUAGAAAAAGGUACGCGCACCUGAGCUCUGAGCAGAACGAGAUAGCCAUCGACCGGGAUGUACCCUGGGGCGUGGAUUCCCUCAUCACCCUGGUCUUCCAGGACCAGAGGUACCACCUUCAGACCUCCGACAACCGCUUCCUGAAGAACGACGGCAGCCUGUCCCAGACGGCGGAUAAGACUACGGGUUACACGCUGGAGUUCAGGUCUGGGAAGGUGGCCUUCAGAGACUGCACCGGGAAGUACCUAGCUCCCUCUGGUCCCAGUGGAACCAUGAAGUCCGGCAAGAGCAUGAAGGUUGGCAAGGAUGAGCUCUUCGUUCUGGAGCAGAGCCAUCCGCAAGUGGUCCUCACCGCUGGCAACGACAGGAAUGUGUCCACCAGACAAGGCAUGGAUCUCUCUGCUAACCAAGAUGAGGAAGGAGACCAGGAGACCUUCCAGAUGGAGAUCAGUAAGGACACAAAGAAGUGUGCCUUUAGGACCUGCACUGGCAAAUACUGGACCCUCACAGCCAACGGUGGCCUCCAAUGCACUGCCUCUACCAAGUCUGCUAACUGCUACUUUGACAUUGAGUGGCGUGGGAAGAAGAUAACCCUGCGUGCCACCAAUGGAAAAUAUGUGGCCGCCAAAAAGAAUGGACAGCUCGCUGCCACUAUUGACUCAGCAGGUGAGACCGAGGAGUUCCUGAUGAAGCUCAUCAAUAGGCCUCUUAUUGUGCUGAGAGGAGAACAUGGCUUCAUUGGCUGCAGGAGAGUGACUGGAACUCUGGACUCCAACCGCUCCUCUUAUGACGUUUUUGGGUUGGACUUUAAUGAUGGAGCCUACAGCUUACGAGAUUGCACAGGGAAGUACUGGAUGGUGGGCAGUGAAUCAAACGUGCUGAGCAGUAGCGACACCCCGGUAGACUUCUUCCUGGAGUUUUGCGACUACAACAAAGUUGCGAUCAAGACAACAGAGGGGAAAUACCUGAAGGGCGAUCACGCUGGUGUUCUGAAGGCCAACGCCGACGAUCUGGACAGCUCCACUAUGUGGGAGUACUAAGAGCACUCAAGUAACCACUGUGGCUUUAUCUUUCAGUUUUUUCCCUUUUCUGUUAUGCGUUUUGAAUGGUUUCUGAAUACAAGCGAGCACACGGGGCUAAUAGCAGAGAGAAACCCAAAGGUGAAGGGGCUUACUUUUAGUCACGUAUACUCCAGUCUGUCUAAGUACUUUGGGUGCCAUGGUUUUCGAUGACCUGACGAGUGGCCAAAAUGGGGACUUCUGGGACUUAACUGGCAUCCAAAUUUGUGUUGUGUGGUUAAAGCACAUCUCAUGUCAUCUCUUAAUCUGUCCUAAUAUUUGACUGGCAUGUCUCCACUUCUCUGGAAGAUCGGCUAUGCGGGCGCCACAAGAUUUUUGAUGUACCAGAUUGUAGCGUGAUCCUUCCCCCUCGUCUUUGCACAGUCCCGUACGAGCCUCACACUCUUAAAUAUUAACACAUAUAGUGAAAUAUGUCAAAGAAAAACCUUGUGACUGUGAGCUAUUGAUGUAUGCCUCCUGUUAUAAUGCCAGUCACAAGUACCUACCCUCUCGAUCAGAGGGCGAAGGCAGUAUUUACAGGUAAAUGUAUGAAUGUUUUGCUUUUCUUUUUCCAUAAAGAGCAAUGAAGGAUGGCUCUUAAACCACUGAAAUGAGCUAUAUUGUUUUGUUUUUGUGACGUUUGAAGUACGGCAGUGAUCUGAUGUGUGCUGCCAAACUAUUUGUGCCAUUAGAAUCAUUUUAAUGUUUCAAAAGAGGAAAACCGAGACAAACUGGAUUGGUACUGUACAGUCCCUCAUCUCAAGAUUAGAGUUAAACCUAGAAUUGUAAAUGGGUGUGGGAAAGAAAUAUAGAUAUUAAAAUGAGAAAUGUUUUCUGCAA